GUUGUAUGCAUAUAUCCUCUAUGGCUGCUGCCAAUGAUCCCUUCUGGUAUCCUAAGGACUAUGUCGCAGAGUCUGAACGUCGUCGCGCUCGUCUUGCAAACGUAGACGCCGCCCUCCAACCCGUCAAGCAACCUCGAUAUAUGCCAUCAAACGAAGCCUUGAUCGAAGUCGCAAAGGCGCAGGCUGAACGCAGACUCAAGGAAGCCGCAGCCGCACACGCAGCACAAAGGACCAGCGCAGGCGCACCGACGAUGCCCAACCCACGUCCUGCAGCGAACAGCAUCUCCUCUGCAGACAAAGUAGACGCCUUCCUCACCCAGGCUACACUGCGCAACCAAGCAUCAUCCAAUCGUAUCACCUCCGGCUUCAGCUCCCUCAGUGAUAGCGAUCGCCGCCCGCGUCGCAUCAUCCUCGAGCAAGGCAACAUCUCCAUCUCCAUCCAGGACGUACGCGCUCCCGUUCCCAAGCUAGCCCCUCCUCCCCCUCCCCCUCCAGCACCCAAGCUCGCACCAGCAGCAGUCAUAGUCUCAGCUCCC